UGCGCCUGCGCAGCAGGUUAUGAAUCCCGUCCUCACCGCGCCAGAAUCAAGUGACAUUUGUGAUUGGACCGAGAGGGCGGACGCCUAGUUUGUCUUCCAGGUUCCGGUCCGAGAGCCCUGGGAAUAAGUUUGAGGUCUUUACGAAAGGUGGAUGGAGACGCCAGCACUUUCUCCCUGUAUCCACCUCCGCUCAGCCCUCCUUUCGAGGUCGGCGGCUGAGUCACUGUGGACAAAGUCGGGGCAGCGUUUACGGACACAGUCAUGGAGGAAGGUUGUUCCCGCAUCCGCCGGCGGGUGUCGGUCUGCAAAAGGAACCGCCCUAGCCUAGCAAGCACUUCUGCCAUCCCCUCGGCGGCCCAGCUCCAGUCCCGCGAUGAGCAGGAAGAGGAGGAGGAGAUGGUAACCCGGAGCCGGCGGCGGAAAACCGUGGGCGUGCAACCUGUUGAGCAUAAUGACAGUGAAGAGGACAUGUUUGGUGACUAUGAUAGCUUUACUGAAAACUCCUUUUUAGCUCAAGUUGAUGAUUUGGAACAGAAAUACAUACAACUUUCUGAACAAAGGAAGCAUGCUACAGACUUUGCCACUGAAGAUUUUUGUUCAGAAAGCAUAAAAAACAAACUCAGUGUUACUACUGUAAGCAAUUUUACUGAAUACAAAAGUGAUGAGCACACGGAGAACCAGACUGAGCAUGAAGAUGUCCCUGUUGAACCUGGAACUGAUGUUUUGUAUGAUUUGCCUUCUUCUCAGGUUUUAUACUUUGAAAAUUUGCAGAACUCUUCAAAUGAUUUGGGUGAUCAGUUGACUGAAAAAGGGGAUGGGAGUUCAUCCUUUCCCAAAACUGUGAAUGAAGAAUUGUCCCAUAAUUGCAUAAAGCAACAAGAGCAAAAUGAUGGAUCCUCUUCUAAAGUCAGAAGUAACUCAGAUACAAGUAGGAGAAAAAGUAUUAAAGAUCAUCUAAAAAGUACCAUGACUGGAAAUGCAAAGGCCCAAACACCAAUAUUUUCUAGGAGUAAACAGCUCAAAGAGACUCUCCUAUCUGAAGAAAUUAAUGUUGCUAAGAAAACAAUUGAGUCUUCAUCAGAUGAUCUUGGUCCUUUUUACUCAUUGCCCAGCAAAGUGAGAGACCUUUAUGUUCAGUUCAAAGGAAUUGAAAAGUUAUAUGAAUGGCAACAUACUUGCUUAACACUGAGUUCUGUGCAAGAAAGAAAAAAUUUAAUAUAUUCCUUACCAACAAGUGGUGGAAAAACCCUUGUGGCCGAGAUUUUAAUGCUACAAGAACUGCUUUGCAGGCGGAAGGAUGUUUUAAUGAUCCUUCCAUAUGUGGCAAUUGUCCAAGAAAAGAUUUCAGGUUUGUCAAGUUUUGCUAUAGAACUAGGUUUCUUUGUUGAAGAAUAUGCUGGAAGCAAAGGAAGAUUUCCUCCAAUUAAAAGAAGGGAAAAGAAAUCGCUAUAUAUUGCCACUAUUGAAAAAGGACAUAGCUUGGUGAACUCCUUGAUAGAAACUGGAAGGAUUGACGGUCUGGGUCUGGUUGUUGUAGAUGAGUUGCACAUGAUUGGUGAAGGGAGCCGGGGUGCUAUACUGGAAAUGACCCUAGCAAAAAUUCUCUACACCAGCAAAACAACUCAGAUUAUUGGCAUGAGUGCAACAUUAAACAACGUUGAAGACCUCCAACAGUUCCUUCAAGCAGAAUAUUAUACCAGUCAGUUUAGACCAGUUGAACUAAAAGAAUAUCUGAAAAUAAAUGAUACAAUAUAUGAGGUCGACAGCAAAGCUGACAGUGGCAUGACUUUUUCACGUCUCCUCAAUUAUAAGUAUUCUGAUACCUUGAAAAAGAUGGAUCCUGAUCAUUUGGUAGCAUUGGUAACAGAAGUUAUUCCCAAUUAUUCUUGCUUAGUUUUUUGUCCCAGUAAAAAGAACUGUGAAAAUGUAGCAGAAAUGAUAUGCAAAUUUUUAAGCAAGGAAUAUCUGAAACAAAGGGAGAAAGAAAAAUGCGAGUUGAUUAAGAACUUGAGGAACAUGAGCAGUGGCAACCUGUGUCCUGUCUUAAAGCGCACCAUCCCAUUCGGAGUUGCCUACCACCACAGUGGUUUAACAAAUGAUGAAAGGAGGCUCCUGGAGGAGGCCUAUUCCACAGGCACUCUCUGCCUUUUUACCUGCACAUCCACCCUAGCAGCAGGUGUCAACCUACCAGCAAGAAGAGUUAUUUUAAGAGCUCCCUAUGUUGCUAAGGAAUUUUUAAAGAGGAAUCAAUAUAAACAGAUGAUUGGCAGAGCUGGCCGUGCUGGAAUAGAUACUAUUGGGGAGAGUAUCCUUAUAUUGCAAGAAAAAGACAAGCAACAGGUCUUGGAGCUAAUAAGCAGACCACUGGAAAACUGUUAUAGCUGUCUCGUUCAGGAAUUCACCAAGGGAAUUCAAACUUUGUUUCUGUCUUUGAUUGGUUUGAAGAUUGCAACAAAUCUUGAUGAUAUAUAUCAUUUUAUGAAUGGUACAUUUUUUGCCGUUCAACAAAAGACUUUAUUGAAAGAAAAAAGUCUCUGGGAAAUAACUGUCGAAUCACUUGGAUACCUGACAGAGAAAGGACUCCUACAAAAAUAUACUGUUCUGUCUGAAGAAGAAUUGCAAUAUAAUUUUCGUAUUACAAAAUUAGGACGAGCUUCUUUUAAGGGAACUAUAGAUUUGGCUUAUUGUGACAUUCUCUACAGAGACUUGAAGAAAGGUCUUGAAGGGCUUGUGCUUGAAAGCCUUUUGCAUCUCAUCUACUUAACAACUCCCUAUGAUCUGGUUUCACAAUGUGACCCUGAUUGGAUGAUAUACUUCAGGCAGUUUAGUCAACUCAGUCCAGCUGAACAAAAUGUAGCUGCUCUUCUUGGAGUCUCUGAAAGCUUUAUUGGGAAGAAAGCAUCUGGUCAAGCCAUCAGGAAGAAGGUGGACAAGGACAUUGUCAACAGACUCUACCUGUCUUUUGUUCUUUAUACCUUGCUCAAAGAGACCAACAUUUGGAGUGUGUCUGAAAAAUUUAACAUGUCUCGAGGAUAUAUACAAAAUCUACUUACGGGAGCUGCUUCCUUCUCAUCCUGUGUGUUACAUUUCUGUGAGGAACUUGAGGAGUUUUGGGUUUAUAGGGCCCUUUUGGUAGAACUUACCAAGAAGCUGACUUACUGUGUGAAGGCAGAGCUAAUCCCUCUCAUGGAAGUGACUGGAGUCUUAGAGGGUCGAGCAAAACAGUUAUACAAUGCAGGUUACAAAAGUCUAAUGCAUUUAGCUAAUGCUAACCCAGAAGUGCUAAUAAGGACAAUUGAUCAUUUAUCAAGACGCCAGGCCAAGCAAAUUGUUUCAUCAGCAAAGAUGCUGUUGCAUGAAAAAGCAGAGGCUUUGCAAGAAGAAGUAGAAGAAUUAUUGAGAUUGCCUUCUGAUUUGCCUGAUGUCGAGGCAUCUUCCAGUGAAAAGGCAUGAAGCUAUCUGAUGCACAUUUUCAAAUAUGAAUUAUUUAUUACAUAUAUUUUAUUAAAGAGUCCUUAUGCUUUACAAAUGAAAUAUACUUAAAUUAUGCAUUAAGAACUAUGGAUAAUAUUUGAAUAUAAUGCUCAUAUUUACAGUAACCUUCUACUAAUAAUCCAUCUUCUUCAACAUUUACACAUUAUUUCUCUGUUCAAAAUCUAUAGCGUCCACCACAAAAUGAAUUCAAACUGCCACAACAUAUCUUCAAGCUUCCUUUGUAGUCAUAUCUUUUAUUAUUCUCUUACCUUUGUUGGAUUUUUUUUUUUUUUUUUUUUUUUUUUUGUGGUGGUGCUGGGACUUGAACCCAGGGCCUUGUGCUUGCAAGGCAAGCAUUGUACCAACUGCGCUAUAUCCCCAACCCCACUUUUUUUUUUUUAAUUUGUUUUGCUGUGGAUUGAACCCAGGACCUUGUUCAUGCAGAGCAUAUGCUCUACCACCGAACUACACCCCAACCCUCUCUUACCCAUUUCUUCCUUCAAACUGGAUUAUUUGAAAUUCCCAGAACUUUCCCUGUGAUUUUUCAAACCCAUCAUUUUCUACCUGAAGCUGGAUCACUAGGGACAUGCCCUCAAAGAAGAUAUUGGGAUCCUAACCCCUCCUCUCUCUCUGCUUUCUGGCUGCCAUGAGCUGAGCAACUCCUCCACCCUGCACUCCCACAAUGAUGUACUGUGCUGCUACCAGCCCAAAACAAUGGCCAAACAACCACAAACUGAGACCUCUGAAACCAUGAGCCAAAAUGAAUUUUCCCUCCUUUUUAAGUUGAUUUAUCUCAGGUAUUUGUCAUAGUGAUAGAAAGUUGACUAACAUGGUAUUAACACUAAAGGAUAUUGAAGCAUGAAGACAUUGAAGCAGUUUAGUUCUAGAAAAGUAGAUCAGUGGGAACAGAUGGAGAAUAAAAUAGACCCAAAUAUUUUUACGAAUUUAUAAUAAACAUGGUUUUUCAUUUUUGAGUGAUUAAAAACCCAAGGAUAUCUAGUUUAAGCAAAAAGGGAUAUUUAGCCACCAUAUUCUCAAACUGGCGGCAGCAACAAACCUACCCUUAGGGCAAUUAGAAUCAGCGAAGCUUAACACCAUCAGUACUUGCCACCUGUCCUCUGUCAGGCAAAUUAAGACUGACUUACAUAUAGAUUCAAGACCAAAGCACAAAGAUCUCACUGCUGCCAAUUUCAGUUAGGAAAAAAAAAAAUCUGGAAAAAGCUAUUAGUGGUCAGUUGGGUCCAUUUCCCACCCCUAUGACCAGGGUAUAGAAUUUUGAUGAUUUUUUCCAGAAGACAGGAAGUGGUGGUAAAUGAAGAAAAUAAUAGGUAGUACAGGUGAUACUUCAAGUCAUAGUGGAAAAUGUGGGUCACUCAGUGAAUAGAGUUGGAAUAAAUGGCUACUUCACCAUUUAGAAAAAUAUUAAAUCUACUUAUCUCAGACUUAAUUUAAAUUUUAUGUAUAUCACAUUCAGAUUUGAAAUUUUUGUUGCUGUCAUCUGACUGCACUAACACAUCAAGGAAGGUACCUGUAGUUCCUUCAUAUUAAAUUUCAAAACAUUAAAAUGUUGGGAAUUCCAAUGUGGUAUCAGGUUUUCCUUUUUCAAUGUUUUUAAGUUGUAAGUCAGCCUGUCCAUUUCUAGGAUGCCUAAUUCCAUUAAGCUCUUUCUAAUGGCCACACUUGUUUUGCUUUGCCCUAUAAACUUAAACAACCACCACCCAAACAAAGCUUUUCUGUGGAGCACACCCAAGUUUUGGUCAAGUAUAAGCCUUUUCAAACUUAGUUAUUCUCUCAGCAAAUCUCCACACUGAUAUUUUUUUUUUAGGAAGGACUGAUGGAAAACCCUCCUUGGCUUUAUGCUUCCAUUUUCAAGAACCUUCCCAUACAAUCAUCACUGCAGUUUCUGAACUCCAUCUCACUGUGACAAGAAGUAACACCAAGCAUUACACAUAAGCAUUGUUAUACUUGAUUUUCUUUGAUAAUUUCCAAUAACAUGAUCAUAGUGAUGUGUGUAUUUUCUAUGGUACUCUCACUGAUAAGUUAAUAAACAAUAAACUUCCAUUUAUUGAAGGCUUGCCGUGUGCCAGCACUAUGCUAAAUCCUUUGGAUAGCACUAUUUAGAUGAUUCCUUACUGACAUCUAAGAUGCUAUUUUUUUUUUUAGGCAUAAACAGGUUUAUUUAGGAUGAUAAAUAUACAUUCAAGGGAGAAUGCAGGCCUCCUCGAGAGUGAGAAGCCAUGAUGUUAUUUUUUUACCCUAUGUUACAAAUAAAAUGUGGCCUGCCUGGAACCCACCAUUAAUAAGUGACAACCUGGACUCAAACCUGAUCACACUGAUUAUUCUGUUGAUUGUGCACAUUGCAACAAGCUACCCAACAAAUAUUUGGAAAGUUGUGGGUCAAGAUGGCAGGCUGAACAUAUCUGUUUACUCUUCCAUCUGUCUAAAACCCUAUGAAAUAAUUACAAAAAAAGAUAUGAAACAUAGCUUAAGUAUAUAGUAGAGGUGGGGGGAAACAAUGAAGAUGGGCACUAACACACAGUUGUGAUGAUUAAAGAGCCAAUUGGAACAUCCAGGCCAUAGGUCUUACUCCCUUUGUUGAUGCAGAAUAGCACAUUUUUAUAGAAGCUGCAUUUUCUACAUAAGCUAAGGCAGUGUUGAGGAGGGUUCUCUAUGGAAUCCAUAAAGGAGAAAAAGAUAGAUGACCUCCUCCUACCCACAAGAAAAGAUAUUGGCACACGCUCUCAGCAUGUUAGCACAAUCUGAUAACAGCAAAAGCAGAGAACAGGGAUUCUCAGGUGCUAAGUUUCACAAACAACCAAGAAUGCCAAAUAUUAAGGAGGAAAUGGUGGAUUGGAUUCUGUUUUAGUUGAACCAAACACAUUAGAUAAUUAAACUUCCCCAAAAUGAAUUAUAUGCACAUACAUAGAUAUAGCAUUAGAAGCUUUAAAGUUUGUACCAAAACCAAUGAGUAACCUGGCAGCACAAUAUGCUUGUAGUGUCUGGUGUUUAAAGUUCAAAAUAUUAUGCAUUUUAGUAUUUGUUUCAUUUCUUCUGAGUAUUCUAAAUAAUUAACCUGGGUUUGUUUUUUUCUGUUUUAAGAAUUUAACUUAAAUGUGUGUAAUUCUUGGGGUGAUAGGCAUAAUAACAACCUGCCCAGACAUGUUUGCCUUAUAAUAACUGAACCUAUAAAUUUGAUAUGUGGUUAGGUUGCAGAUGGAAUUAAGGUUGCCAAUUAGGUGACUGAUGAUGGCAAGGUUAUCUUGAAUUAUCUGGGUGGGCCCAAUGUAGUCACAAAUGACCUUGUAAGUGAAAGAGGUGACAGGAGAGUCAGAAUGAUAUGAUGAAAGAUUCCCCAGCCAUUGAUGACUUUGAAGAUGGAAGGAGACCUUGAGCCAAGGAAUGAAUAGUGCCUCUGGAAGCUGGAAAGGGCAAGAAAUUGAUUCCCUUCUAGGGCCUGCAGAAAGAAAUACAGUCCUGCUUAUACCUUCUGUUAGCCUACUGAGACCUUUCUAGACUUCUGACUUUCAGAAUUGUAAGAUAACAAAUUUGUAUUGUUUUAAACCACUGCACUUUGUGCUAAUUUGUUACAGCAGCAAUAAGAAACUAAUACAUCUGAAAAUUGCUCUCUGGCAUCUCUAUGGAACACAAUUAGAAAAUCACCAUUUGGGGGGGAUUCUUUCUGGUUAUUAGCACAUAGCAAUUAUGCCCAUGAAAGGGUAUUUUGUGUUUCUAAAAACUCUAUGGAAGUUAACUAUGAUAAAUACCGACCAUUUUUAUAAAUUAUAAUUUUCUCUAGUGAAAUGGUUUCUUUUUUACUUAUCCUAACAGCAGCUUAUAUAAAAUGUUAAAGUUCUAUCCCUGAUUAAAACAAAGCAACAAAAGAGAUCCAAUUACUGCAGAGAACUGGACAUUUGAAUCCUUCUGAGGAGUUUUAUGAGCCAUCUAAUCUAGGACAUCUUAUAAUUUUUUUUCUCUUUAAAAUGGGCGGAAAGUAUAUUAUCAUAAUAAAGAGAUAUGCAUAAAGCUAUGAAAAUGUAGGCUAACAGCAAUUUAAGUGUAAAGAACCAGCUGUUAUAAUGUAACAUGCCAAAUGAUUUUCUUUUGUGGUAAAAUACAAUAUUACUGUAUGGUAGCACAUACAGUUGGGGAAAUUUUCACAGACAAUAGACUUCUCACUCUGUAUAAAAUACAGUAACACUGGUUUAAUUCUGUAUAUAUUUGUAAGCACUUUGAGGGUCAUAAUAAAAUUCUGUUGUCCACCCAAUAAAUGAAGUUCAACAUCA